UUGGCUUAGCCCACGUUUGUGUGUACCGUUUCAGCAUUGUGCGCCAACGGCCAUUUCUCGAGAGCUCACGCGCGCGCGCGCGCGCUUACCGAUGAUCCCGUGAGAAAGGUGCCCGUGGAAUUCGCCUUCGCGCGGCGCAGGAGUGCGGGAUAAAGCGCCGCCGAAUUGCAACGUGCGACAAUAUAUCGUGUACCGGCAGAUCGCGAUCCUACGAAAUUCGACGUCGAUACAUUUGACUGCCGUUGCUGCUGCCGCUGUUGCUGACGCUGCCGUUGCUGCUGCAUUCUCGAUCGCGUUUCAGCCAGAUUGCACACGUCCGUGUACAUUACUGUAUUUCUGAGCGUUGAAUCGAGGCGCAACAAUGACGAAACCGUACAGCCGUCGACAGCUCGUCACGUUACUGCUGCUACUGCAAAUCGUCUCGAGAUACGGGCACGCCGCUGCCGCGGAAUCGACGCACGCGGCCGACCUGUCGCCGUCGUCUGCGUCCGUGCCGUCCGGCCUCUCCGGCCCGGACUACACCGGGCCGUCCGCGGGUUCGGACGAGUGCGAUCCCGAGAUGGUCGGCUUCGAGCUCGUAACCGGCUAUGUAUACACCGCGCCCACGAACAUGCUCGAGUCCAUACCGGGCACGUUGAUGCUCACCGACUGCCUCGAGACCUGUCAGGCAAACGACUCCUGCCAGGCGGUCAACUACGAGACGGGGCUUUGCGUCCUAUUCAGCUCUAACGCCGACAGCAAUCCAGGGGCGCUGUCGCAAUCCCAAUUCCCCGUGUUCACCAUCUACGCCCAGAAAAGUUGCCUGGCAGUGAAACCGUGCGAACGCGCUUGGUGCAUCGAUAGAGUGCAGGGACACCGCCUUCAGGGUCACGCACGUAGGACCAUGACCGCCUCCUCGAGGCAACACUGCCUCGAGCUCUGCCUCGGUGAACGAGACUUCCUGUGCCGAUCCGCUAAUUACAUCAACGCGACCAAGCAAUGUGAGCUCUCGGACAUGGAUAGGAUGACAAUUGCAGGCUCGAAUGCCUUCCAGGCGGCGAAGGGAGUGGACUAUUUGGAAAAUCAUUGCGUGGAAGAGCCAGUGAAACUUUGCGAAUUUAAGAAGCUGACCGGCCGUAUACUGAAAACCGUGGAUUCCGUUUAUCAAGACGUCGGCACAUCCGAUGAAUGCCGCGAAUUGUGUCUGAAUUCGCCGUUCCGUUGUCAUUCUUACGAUUACGGUGACACCGGUGACAUGGUCUGUCGUCUCAGUCAUCAUUCCCGUGCCACUCUCUCUGAUAUUCAGGAACCGUAUCUCGACGUACCGGAAGCGUCCACGUACGAGCUGAGCUCUUGCUACAAUGUGACUAUCGACUGUCGCGCCGGCGACAUGGUGACCAGAAUUCAGACGAGCAAGCUCUUCUACGGCAAGGUGUACGCGAAGGGCUCGCCCAACUCCUGCGUGCAGGACGUCAAGGGCGCGCUCGAGUUUGAGCUUCGCAUGGCGUACGACGAUCUCGAGUGUAACAUAAGGCAACAGAGCCUCGGCCGGUACUUGAACGACGUGAUCAUUCAGCAUCACGACACCAUUGUCACCAGUUCCGAUCUCGGGCUGGCUGUGACCUGCCAAUAUGAUCUCACUAACAAGACCGUGUCCAACGAGGUCGAUCUCGGCGUGCAUGGCGACAUCACGCCCGCUCUGUCGGAGGAAGUGACCGUCGACUCGCCGAAUGUCGCCAUGAAGAUCACCGAUCGCAGUGGAAACGAGGCUAUCCCGUCGGCCGAGGUCGGCGAUCCUCUGGCGCUCAAAUUCGAGAUUCUCGACCCCAACAGUCCGUACGAGAUCUUCGUUCGCGAGCUGGUCGCCAUGGACGGCGUCGAUUCUAGUGAGAUUGUCCUGAUCGAUUCCGACGGCUGCCCCACCGACCACGUCAUCAUGGGACCGCUUUAUAAAUCAGCUACUACUGGCAAGAUACUGCUGUCGCACUUUGACGCAUUCAAGUUCCCGAGCUCGGAGGUGGUGCAGUUCCGCGCCCUGGUCACCCCGUGCAUGCCGACCUGCGAGCCCGUGCAGUGCGAUCAAGAGGAGACGACCGGCGAGCUGCGCUCGGUGAUCUCCUUCGGCAGACGUCGUCGCCGUCGUCGCUCGACCGCCGUCGGUGGCACUCAGAGUCGCGAGGACCUCCUCCUGGUACAGUCCAUCCAGAUCACGGAUAAAUUCGGCUUCGAGCGUGACGGCAAGCUGCCGAACGCCACAUCCGCGACGAGGGACACCGUGUUCGUCGAGAGCGAGGACAUGUCGUCGACGAUGGGGAUGUGCAUUAACCUGGGCGAGGCCAUCAUCGCCGGCACCGUCUUCCUCGUCGCCCAGAUCGUCGUCAUCGCGGCAUGGACCUUCACCUGGCAGCGACGCCGGCAGAUGCUCAAGCACCAGGAGGCGCUCUCGGUCUCCGUGUCCGUGCCCGGGAUGCAUUCCGUGCCCGGCCGCACCGACAGCCUCUGUAAGUUGUACGACGGCGGUUACUCCGCGCGUCGUUUCUGAACGACCCCCCCCCCCUCCCCGAUAUCCAUCCCCGGGGUAAAUAUCGUCAAUCUCGUCUUCCUGCGAACCACUAUUAACAAAACUCUGGCUGACUUCACAUGGACGUGAAUUCUCAAAAAUUCGGCGCGUGCCGCAAAAGAGGAAUUCUCGCGCGCGUGUCAUGGCUCCCGCAAAGCGAUCGCAAAGUAAAAAUAACAUUUUGACUUUGGCUCUCUCUUUGAAAUCUUUCUAUUCGGAAUUCGGAUGGACGCUUCGUACUAUAUAUAUCAAACUUCUCUACGAGUGUACCGCAUCGCGAGGUUGUAGCCAAUAUACGUAGCUUUUAGUGGAGUAUACCCUUUACCACCCAUGCUUACCUUGCAGUUGGGGUGGAAGCUUUGCAGAGAGGCGUUCUACUAAUUCCAAUUAAAUUCGGCCAGAUGGGCAGAUCGCGGAGUUUUAUUGAACGCGUCGGGAUAGAAGGACCUUCGGUCCUCCUGCGAUCGGGAGUGAAAGAAAAUGAUCGCUGCCCAUCUCCACGAAUGUCUUUGUAUCCGCAUUACCAUAUUAGAUACUACUCACUUCUUUCUCUACCAUAUUAGAUACUACUCACUUCUUUCUCCUCCCAAACUUCAUUUCCUCGCAGCUGGCAACGUAAGGAAACCGAUCGAUCUCGCCGCUUAAUCCAAAUUGCACUCGUGUUAUCGAUUAAAGGCGUAAUUAUACACUCGCGUAUGCACACGUGCUAAUAAUGCCGGUGGAGUACUGAACGAAAUAAUUAGGCAUAAUUGCGCUUGAUUACCUGCUACAUCUGUCGCUUAUUGAAAACACAAAUAUCAGUGUCCUCCAAUCGGCAUUUCUGAUCAAGGCCGGCGCAACGAAUCAGACGUAUAUCGUUAAUUCCGUCUGUCUCUCGGGUGGUCGGUUAUUUCAUGGAAGAAGAUCGCAAUUACGAUCCAUAACCUUUAAUUAGUGUAAUGUUCAAUGUCCAGGUGACCUUCGUGCAUAUGACGUUCAUCAAAAACCGAUGUCUCUCUAAAGAGAGAGAGAGAGAGAGAGAGAGAGAGAGAGAGGAGGG